AAACAGAGGGGGGCGAAGGACUGCACAAGUUAGCGCGGAGAGAGACAGGCGCUCUCAUCAGUGACAGACUCACCGGCUGCGUGGACAGAGCAGUGGCGCAGGAAGAGGAGAAGAGGUGACACGGGGAGGAAGAGCCGCCUGUAAACUGGAGGAAACCACACGAGAGAGAGGGAGGCGGGAUAAACAGAGCGAUCACAGAGGAGAGAGAAGUCAUUCAGAGCAGGGAGAAGGAGAACGCUGGCACAAUCAGACAAGGACUAAGAGGGGAGGAAAGCGCACAGAGAAGCCUUUCCUAACGGAGAGAGAAGCCGGAGCGUGUGCACAAAGUGGAAAAGAAGAAGAAUAAAAGGAGGAGGAGAGUGAUCCUGACCAAGGGCUUGACUGAUAUAGCAGAAGAGGAGGAGGAGCGUGAGGGCAAGUUGAUAGAUUUGAUUUGGAGAGAGUAUUUUUAGAAAGGAGCAAGGACAUGACAGGAAUACUAAGAUGAGAGAUGCUCUCUGUAAGUCGCGGAGAAAAACUAGGGACGAAAAGAGAGGAGCAGGAGACGGAGCAAAGGCGGUGAGAGAUGCUGAGAUCAGAGUGUCACUGAGUGGAUUAGCCCAGCUCUGAUUUCCCGUAGAAAAGCUCUGUGCAUGUCCGUGAAUAUGCAUGAAUGCCGUGUUUUAAUCAUUAAAGCGUGCUGUGUGUUUCCAACUGCGACUGUGGGGCUGAGAAGCAGAUCCAAAACUACUUGGCAGAUCCCUGAAGAAUCUAAUAAGACCGCCCAAAGCUGAGCGCGAGAAGAGUCAGAGCAUCUAAAGUGAGAAUGCACAGUGGAACCGAAAACAAAUUAGCCCUGAAUACCUUUCAUGAAUUAAAGCUUGUACUGAUUGCAGGAAAAGACUGAUAAUGAUCUCUGGAUGUACACCUCUGUGAGCCCGAUGAGCUUUGAAGCACAAAGCUAGAACUCCAAAAAAGGGGCAGGCUGGAACAAGGGAAGCUCUGCUACAACAGACCACACCAACCCAUCCCUCAUCCCUGUCAUCUCAUUAUUUUAAUUAUCUUCCCUUCCUACAUUCGUUUCUCUCCUCACUGCUUAUCCUUCGGUAUUUUGCAUUCUGCUCCCUUCCCUUCCUGUCUCUUCCUCUUCCUCUUAUUUUUUUCCUUUGCUCUCUCUGUCUCAUCAUCUCUUGUUCACUGUCACACUAACUGCCAUGGAUGCUGGACGCGCUCAUGUAGAAGACACCUUGCUUAGAGCACAUUUGCCUCUCUGAUUUGUCUCUUCUUUCCCUGCUGAGUUGAAUGAUUGAAGCAAUUUUCCAACUGAAAGUAGAAAAGAGGACCAACAAGUAGCUGCUGCUGCUGCUGCUGCUGCUGCUGAGUGAUGAGGGGACAACUUUAAACCACAAGGCGUUAAUUGAAAGGGGCUUUUCGAUGUGCAUGCAGCAUCAUUGUGGCUGUGAGCGCGCGGAUAAAUAAGGGUCAUACGGCCAAAUUUGUAUCCAUGUGUGGAUUACAGUAGAGGAUUUCUCCUGGAGCUACAUGUUGGCCCCAGCCCCUGAGGCCUGGCUAGGAAAUGAAGCCUCUCCUGCGGUUGUAGGAGCGCUGUGGGCAGCAAUGGCCCUGCAAGGGCACUGUCUCCGGAGGGGAUCCCCAGCCAUGAUCAGAAAGCCUCGCAGGCGACGUCACAUGAAACCAACUUUGGCUCAGGUCACAUCCACUCUGUUAUCAAGGACACGUCUGCAUGGCCUGCGGCAUGUUUGUGUCCCCGGUGGCUCCGUUGGCCGUCGGGCCUUCUGGCUGCUGGCCCUGUGCACCUCCCUCGGGUUGCUGUUAUCCUGGUCCUCCAACCGCCUGCUUCACUGGCUCUCCUUUCCCACGUACACACGGGUCCACACUGAAUGGGCCAAAGAACUCGCCUUCCCCGCUGUUACCAUCUGCAACAAUAACCCAAUUCGCCUGAACAAACUUACAAAGAGCGACCUGUACUUCGCUGGCCACUGGCUUGGCUUGCUGCUUGCUAACCGGACAGUGAGACCUAUGGUUCUGGACUUGAUGCAGGAGGACCGUUUGCCCUGGUUCAGAAAACUCUCAGACUUCAGGCUCUUUCUGCCGCCCAGAAACUUUGAGGGAACCAACCUGGAGUUUAUGGACAGACUGAGCCACCAGCUGGAUGAAAUGCUUCUGUCCUGCAAAUACAGAGGCGAGCCCUGUGGAGCUCACAACUUCUCUUCAGUGUUCACCAGGUAUGGGAAGUGCUACAUGUUCAACGCGGCAGAGGAGGGGAAGACUCUGCGCACCACCAUGAAAGGGGGGACGGGAAACGGCCUGGAGAUCAUGCUGGACAUCCAGCAGGAUGAGUACCUGCCGGUCUGGGGGGACACAGAGGACACAGCGUUUGAGGCAGGCGUGCGUGUGCAAAUCCACAGCCAGGCGGAGCCUCCAUUUGUCCAUGAACUUGGCUUUGGCGUGGCCCCUGGCUUCCAGACCUUUGUGGCCACUCAGGAGCAAAGACUGACCUACCUGCCUCCCCCAUGGGGAGAGUGUGAGUCCAAGGCUCUGGAGUCGGGCUUCUUUCAGGUCUACAGUGUAACGGCCUGCAGGAUUGACUGCGAAACGCGCUACAUUGUGGAGAACUGCAACUGCAGGAUGGUGCACAUGCCUGGUGACGCCUCCUACUGUACCCCUGAACAGUACAAGGACUGUGCUGAGCCUGCCUUGGCGAAACUGUCAGCUGUGGAGAGCAGCAGCUGCAUGUGCAGGACGCCGUGCAACAUGACGCGCUACAACAAAGAGCUAUCCAUGGUCAAAAUCCCCAGCAAGACGUCAGCACGCUACCUCCAGAAGAAGUUCAACAAGUCAGAGAAGUAUAUCUCAGACAACAUCUUGGUGUUGGAUGUGUUCUUUGAAGCUUUGAAUUACGAGACCAUCGAGCAGAAAAAAGCCUAUGAGGUGGCAGGCUUGUUGGGUGACAUUGGAGGACAGAUGGGGUUGUUCAUCGGAGCCAGCAUCCUCACCAUCUUGGAGCUUUUUGACUAUGCUUAUGAGGUGGUGAAAGACAGAUUACGGGACUUACUGAGCAGAGAGGAUGAAGAUGAGAGUCAUGCUGAGGAAGUGAGCUCCUGUGACCCGGUGGCAAACCACUCAGAAUCCAUCAGCCACACGGUGACGGUCCCCCUCCAGACGACACUGGGCACCCUGGAGGAAAUUGCCUGCUGAAGCCCCCCCUCCCUCCCCCUCCGAGCCACAGGAGCGAAGUGAACUCUGCCUCCACCGGGUUUUGCUACAGAUCCCUAUUGUAGCAUCUUGCAAAAACCUUAAAUGCGGGGCAGGGAGGAGGCGCGGACUGGAGCAGGAGUUGGUCUAAGGACAGUGCUGUGCUCUGUCACAGCCUUCUGUCGGAGGCACUAAUGGGGAUUAAGGAGCUGUCAGCUGGAUUUCUCCGCCUUUUCUGUUGCCCUGGACUGUUGGUGAGGGAUGCGGGGGGGCCCUCUGCUGUGCCAGCCCUUCCCGCCGGUUUCCACACAUAUGCACAAAGAAUAACAGAGACGGAUAUCAGAGUGGGCCACCUCCCCGUUAAGGGGUCUAAUUCUUCUGCAGUAUAUCUAUGUUAAAACAAACAAAAGCAACGUUGCUCACUGCCAAAAUAGCUGUUAAAAACUGUUCUCCAAACUGCAUGUGUUGAUCUAUCUUGCUCUCUUUGCCGAUAACAUUCGCUGGACUCGCAGCAUUACUGUACAUGUGCGCCAUUGUGUCUUUCCAUCUGCAGGAAAGGCUUGUUCAAAGGGCCCAGGUGAAGUAUCAACCUCUGAAUGUACAGAUGGAACAGCUGGUUGUCAAAGUCACAUAUCACAAGCAACCGAUCCGUUAUUAUUUAAAUUUCAUGAGUUUAUACCGCAAGUUAUAGAAAAUCAUUUUUUUUCCCAAACAGAAAACGGAUAUUGCUGUUUUUCUGCCCAUACUGUGUUUUUUUUUCCACCUGCUAUUUUCAGGUUAAUUGGUAAAAUAGCUGACAUGUUUGCUGUGGGACUCCUGUGGUAGUGAGGUUUUGUUUACACACCUCAUUGAAGGCAUGUCAGUCCUUAACUGUAAAUCACCGACUCCUGGCUGCCCCUUGUUGGAGCACUCAGCUAAUUGACACCGACUCUAAAUUAUUAGCUUGCCAAACAAGGAGUUAUGUACACAACAAGGGGUUAUUUGGGCAUUAUUUCAUUAACAAGUUUCAGGGUGAUGUUUAAGGUGGCUGGCAUAAUUUUAUCAAAUGUUCUUUUAUUUGUAUCCUCAACCACAAAAAAAAAAAAAAAAGUCACAAGCUUUCCGAUUUUAAUUGGCAUAAAUCUGCAACAGAAAUGCCAUAAGGAGGCUGGAGGAAUUAAUCAAUUGAGUUUGCUGUGUAAGCUGUAAAUAAUAGUUUUUAUUUUUUGUCCGAAUGAAACGGGUACCCAGCAAACACACCGGGCAGAGAUCAAAAAGAGCUUCGGUGAAACAUCGGAUUUUUGACGGUUCUCCUAAAUCCGCAGGUCUCGGUAUAUUCUGUACCAAUCAGUGGCAUUUUGGAUUAGCUGAAUGUGUAACAACGGUGGCAACACUGUGGUGUGAGGAUCCAGACAUCCUCCCCGGGACAAAUUUCACUGGAUUCUUCAGACAGAUAAAUGGCUCGACACCAAAAGCUUCUUUGAGACUGUUUAGAAGAUUUAGUGUAUCUGAAUUUUCUAUUUCCAGUCCAUGAUCAUCCUAGCAUGGUCUCCAUCAUCAACAUAAUGUGUAUCGCAGGUAGGAAUGAAUUCAAGUGCUUUGUGAGACGGUCUGAAUUAUGAUUUCCCAUCUGUGUGGCGUAGCCUGCUGUCUCUGUGUACUCUCUCAUGUCGUGGCUUCUGACGAACACGGUCCUCCAGCGGCCUAAGGAGACGGGAGACUGAUGCUUCUAGCGGUGGCAACAACACUGGCUGUUUCCUCUCACUUCUUUGGCUUCAGUUGCUACUGCAGGACGGCAUUUUCUCAUUGUGUGAUGCAGCAUACAGUGUGUGUUUUUAGUGUGAAAUGAUUAAAUGAAAAAAAGAUGUUUUACAGUCA